CCUAGAAAUACUACGAUUAUGUAAUGGAAUGUUUCAACCAGCAGAUACUUAAGAGAAACAUCUUGAUUCGUUAUUAAGUAAAAAGAUAUUCUUCUUAAAAGAAAGUAUAGAAAUCGUGGAAAGCACUUCAACGUUUUCAAUCGAAACGAACAAGUUACGUAUUUGUAUAUAUAUUGUAUACAAACCCCUUCUGGUCCAUUUGGCGUUUUAUGAAUGAGCUCCACGAUAUACACAAGCCUAGUAAAGCUUUCGGUGCGGAAACAUACAUAUGUAUGUAUGUAGGUACAUUCCUUGUGGGUUCAAGUGACCGACGUCACAUCAAAGCAAAUAUAAACAGCGAUACGGAUUCGGAUCGGCGGAUCUGCCGGCGCCAGUCGGAAAGCAAAAGAGAGCGGCCAUCCGUGAAUCACUUGCCCAAAAGCGUCCGCGUCCUCAGCUAUGUAUGAAAUCAGAGGCAUUUCCAGGAAGCCAGCGAAACUUGAACAAUCGAAAGAGCAAUCAGUUGGCGAACUGAUAUAAACUAAAUCGGAAACGUCACCGAAUGGAGUACGACGACGUCAAGCAAUUGGAUAUUUGGAUCCAAAAUAUAAUUACCAUAUUUGGAUAUGGAAUGGUUUAGUUUUAUAAAUACUGAUCCUUAACUGGAACUUGGGACAAGGGUGAAAUGCUCACAAGGGUGAACUGCGGAUAGGAGGCUUUUAGAGAGAACCAUGUAUCACUUGAUAAUGACAUAACUAUUUAUUAUUUAUAUUUAUAUCUUCUAUCUAUAUAUAUCUUAUAUCUGAUAUCAUUCUGGGAGCGACCUGUUGCCAAAUAUCGCAGCAGAGAUAAACUGAUAUACCAAGUAGACAUGGCAUGGCCCACAGACAACUAACGACUCAUGCCCGAUUUCCCAGAAGAAUGACGCGGCAAAGGCAAGACAACAAAUCCAAACAGGAGGGGAAUCGAUGAAUGAAUGAAUUUUCGUUGGCCCCCAAACGACCUUCCACCCCCCGAGCCACCCCUGUGUCCCACGCACCGGCUGGGGAACUCCGUCGGCUUCCCGCCGAUCGACGAUCGCUGUGCUCAAUGGACGGGUGACUCAUGCGGACUAGGCCAGUUCCACGACGUCAUGCUUAAGGUUGUUAUUUGCUUAGCCAGCGAGCGAUAAGUGGGCACUGCAGAGAGCAAAAGCUCGCGAGCCGAGUGGCAAACGCCGCCGGCAAACUGGUCCCGAGCAGCCAGUGCCCCUCGAAGUCAGCCGGUUGGUCAUGGGGCAGCCGAGUCGGCGAGAGAGCGCCAAAGCUCGUGGGCCGCGACUUCGUCAUGGCUUUAUCACAGUUCGCCGGUGCUGAUCAUUAGUUCGUCACUCGCCAAGUGGGUCGGAUCAGGGCCAGAGCAAUCGAAGAUCGGCGAUCUGGAGUGGGAUACGGCGCUACUCUUAACCCGAUCGGCGGAUCUUUAAUCGGUCGAUGCAAUAACGGUUAUUAAACGUUUCCAAUCGCAAACUUUCCGCGAAAGAUUUCCGCGAUUUGCGGCACGUGGAAAGCCUGCCGCUGACUCCACUUGUCCGGUCAGCAGGUGAAAUACCCUGACUAUCUCGGGUGAAUCAUCCGGCCAGACGAACCCACAUCCUAAAUCCGUUUCAACCGGUUGCAGGCGACCAAUAAACGCAAUAACACGAAAGUGUGAUUCCCAGAAUAUUAUUUUUAAACUGGGCCAAAGUGAAGUGAAUAAUCUAGUAGUGCAAAAGGGCGCCAAAAACAUAAACAAUAAAGUGUAAUAAAGUGUACCAAAAAGCUUACCAAAAAUCAAUCUGGUAUAAUACAAUCUUAGUGAAAAUCAAACUAUAAACCUAUAGAUUAGAUGAAUCUAUAUGCCAACCGAAUAAUGUCAAAGGAAAGUGAAACUGAAAAGCGACCAAAAGUUUUCAGCUGAUAUUAAUACUGCAGUUUCGAAGUGGGAGCAGGAACAUCCCAGUUUAAUGGCCAUUCUGCAGAAUAGCCGCCAGAGUCACCAGCAACUCCCAAUCCUAAGCCAGACGAUCCACAGUGUUUGGUGCCAAGAGAGGCCGAUUAAUGCCAUGCAUCAGGAUGUCCGGCAAAAAAGCAUCGGAUCCGGAAACGAGGCCAAACUGGAAGCGAAGGAGAAGGAAGUGCCCAGCAACAGGAGAAGGCGCAGAAGGCGGUGCAGCAGUAGCUCCACCAGCGACUCGAGCGCAUCCUCGUAUUCCUCAACAGACUCGGAUUCCGGGUCCUCCUCCAGCAGCAGUAGCAUAAGAAGCCAAUUACCCGCCCUCAACUUGUCAGUGCCCCUUCCGCUGGCGACACCCACUCCGCCCGCCGCUUCUUCGCCUCACCAGGCGCCAUCUCCUCGAAGGAACUCCAGCGACUCCAACCGGAGCGUCUCUCCCGUGGAGGUGCCCGUGGAUCCGCACGCUUGGACGCCCGAGGACAUUGCCAGCUGGGUGAGAUGGACGACGCGCAAGUUCAAACUGGACCCGGAGCCGGAUAUCGACAGGUUUCCCAAGGAUGCCCAGGAGCUGUGCGAUCUGUCUCGCGCAGACUUCUGGGUCUGUGCAGGAUCCAGGCGCGGAGGCAUGCUCCUGGCGAAGCACUUCGCGCUCAGCUUAUACCACGCCACCGGACGGGAGACGAGUCCGAUGCUCAACGACGACGAACCAAAUCCGUACCAGCUGCUGAACGCUGCCUCGCACCGAUUGGUUGCCCAGGGCUCGGGGGGCCAGAUCCAGCUGUGGCAGUUUCUGCUGGAGCUGCUCGCUGAUUCGUCCAACGCGAACGCCAUCAGCUGGGAGGGCCAAUCGGGCGAGUUCCGGCUCAUCGACCCGGACGAGGUGGCCAGGCGGUGGGGCGAGCGCAAGGCCAAGCCGAACAUGAACUACGACAAGCUGAGCCGGGCUCUCAGGUACUACUACGACAAGAACAUUAUGACCAAGGUGCACGGAAAGCGGUAUGCCUACAAGUUCGACUUCCACGGCCUGAUGGCCGCCUGCCAGGCUCAGGCGCAGGGAGGAGAUCCGGCCUCCAGUAUGCUGGGUUCCUACAACCACCACGCCGGCGGUGCGAUGCAGUUGGGCCGCCACCCGCCGCCACUGCACCACCACCCACAGCACUCGCAUCCGCACCAUCAGCUGGGGCAGCCCCACUUCCUGCACCCGCACCACUCGUCGCCCGCCUCGAACAGCUCCAGCCUGGGAUUCCCCUCGUCCUCGACGGCCUCUUCGCAGGCCUCGCCCGGCCAGGCGCCCGCCUCCUCCUCCGCCUCCACUUCGAAUUUCACUGCUCCAUUCCAAGGUGGGACAGCCGGCGUAGACCCGGCCAGGACGUCCUCAUCUGCUGCGGGUAACUACGACCAGGGCCCGGUCACUCCCACCACAAAUGCAUUCAACUGAGCACGCCGCAACCCCAAUUUGUCGCCGGGGUUGUAAGUUCCGAUGGGGCAGGAGGAUGCGCAGGACCACCCACUGCGCAGCAGAGAGCGGAGAGCCACCCUGCAUCCCAGCCACCCAGCCAGCCAUUGGGGGUCAGAGCUUCGGCCGUAAAAAGGUCAUUUUGUGUAAUUCCAGCUACUUUGGGUUAAUUGAGGAAUUGUGAUAGCCCGGAGCAUCGCAGAGCAAUACUCGGAAACGAGAGCCAAUUUGUUACUUAGCCUGUUAUCCUUCGCUUCUAGUUGUAAGCAGACAUUCGGCGGAGGUCCUUUAUUCCAUACGAGGUCUCAUCAUUAAAUAAUUCUAAGUUCGCACACACAGUAAAUACAUGAAAUCGCAAAUGCAAA